CGCUUGUUGUUUCCCGGGGCUUGGUGGAGAGAGAAGUUAUCUCCGAUCACUUGCAGGUUUGGGACACCAAAAGAGGAUAUCAAGCGUCAUUACGGAAGCAUCCCUUUAACUUUGCAUUGAGGAUAAGCUGUUGAACUAAACGGAGAGAGGAUAAUAGCGAUCUAAAAGGCAGGAGAUAUUUAACCUAUCCAUCACCUUGUACCACAGCGCGGCGAGAGCGACAGCACAGCAACUCCUCGCGCCAGCGUGCGACACCGCAGUAUUGGAUUGUGUUGGGAAUACACAGGGGAAUGACAUAAACACACCUGGAGAUGGUUUGCUACCCGCAGGGACCUUCAAAGACACUUCUGCUGCUACUGCUUCUUUGAAAUUUUUUUGUGCUAUAACUGUACAGACGACAAAGGGGGUUAAGAAAAGUGCUUCUCCUUCUUCUCUAAAGCAAAGGGAUUAAUUAUGCCGGACCAAAUCACAGUUUCGGAGUUUGUGGCAGAGACAAAUGAAGAUUAUAAAUCACCGACUGCCUCUAAUUUCACCACCAGGAUGUCCCACUGUAGGAAUACAGUGUCUGCUCUGGAGGAGGCUCUGGAUGUGGAUCGCAGCGUCCUCUACAAAAUGAAGAAGUCAGUCAAGGCCAUCUACGCAUCUGGUCUGGCCCACGUUGAGAAUGAGGAGCAGUACACUCAGGCCCUGGAGAAAUUUGGAGAAAACUGUGUUUACAGAGACGAUCCUGACUUGGGCUCAGCCUUCUUGAAGUUCUCAGUCUUCACCAAGGAGCUCACUGCACUUUUUAAAAACCUGUUCCAGAACAUGAACAACAUCAUCACCUUCCCUCUGGACAGCUUGCUGAAAGGAGACCUGAAGGGUGUCAAAGGGGAUCUAAAAAAGCCUUUUGACAAAGCUUGGAAGGACUACGAAACAAAAGUCACCAAGAUAGAGAAGGAGAAGAAGGAGCAUGCGAGACAGCAUGGGAUGAUAAGGACCGAAAUCAGCGGGGCGGAAAUUGCUGAAGAGAUGGAGAAGGAGAGAAGAUUCUUCCAGCUGCAGAUGUGUGAGUAUCUCCUCAAAGUCAAUGAGAUCAAAAUCAAGAAGGGGGUGGACCUGCUGCAGAACCUCAUCAAGUAUUUCCACGCACAGUGCAAUUUCUUUCAGGAUGGUCUAAAAGCUGUAGACAACCUCAAACCUUCCAUAGAGAAGCUGGCCACAGAUCUGCACACAAUCAAGCAGGUGCAGGAUGAGGAAAGGAAGCAGCUAACUCAGUUACGAGACGUCCUGAAGUCAGCGCUCCAGGUGGAGCAGAAGGAGUCUAGAAGAGAUUCCCAGGUGCGACAGAGCACCACCUACAGCCUGCACCAGCCGCAGGGCAACAAGGAGCACGGCACCGAGCGUAGUGGUUUUCUUUACAAGAAGAGUGAUGGGUUGAGGAAAGUGUGGCAGAAGAGAAAAUGCACAGCAAAGAACGGAUACCUCACCAUCUCACAUGGCACUGCUAACAGACCACCAGCUAAACUCAACCUGCUCACCUGCCAGGUGAAACACAAUCCUGAAGAGAAGCGAAGCUUUGACCUCAUAUCACAUGACAGAACGUAUCACUUUCAAGCCGAGGACGACCAGGACUGUCAGAUCUGGAUCUCGGUGUUGCAGAACAGUAAAGAGGAGGCGUUGAAUCAGGCCUUUAAGGGGGACCAUCAUGUUGGUGAGAACAACAUUGUGCAGGAGCUAACCAAGGCAAUACUGGGGGAAGUCAAGAGGAUGACUGGAAACGACGUCUGCUGUGACUGCGGGGCCCCCAACCCAACAUGGCUGUCCACCAAUCUGGGCAUCCUCACCUGUAUUGAAUGUUCAGGGAUCCACAGGGAGCUGGGAGUGCACUACUCCCGAAUCCAGUCCCUCACUCUGGAUGUACUCAGCACCUCCGAGCUCUUGCUGGCCAAGAAUGUGGGGAAUGCAGGCUUUAAUGAAAUCAUGGAGGCUUGUUUAAGUGCUGAAAAUGUGGUGAAACCCAACCCAGCAAGCGACAUGCAGGCGAGGAAAGACUUCAUCACAGCCAAAUACACAGAGAAACGAUUCGCCAGGAAGAAGUGUCCUGAUGCAACGUCUCUUCUCCACACGCUGUGUGAUGCUGUGAAGGCUCGAGACAUCUUCUCCCUCAUCCAGGUGUACGCCGAGGGAGUCGACCUCAUGGAGCCCAUACCUCUCGCUAAUGGACAUGAGCAAGGGGAGACCGCCCUUCAUCUAGCAGUCAGGCUGGUGGAUAGAACGUCUCUUCAUAUCGUCGACUUCCUCACUCAGAACAGCUUAAAUUUGGAUAAACAGACGGCCAAAGGCAGCACAGCGCUGCACUACUGCUGCCUGACCGACAACAGCGAAUGUUUGAAGCUGCUGCUGCGAGGAAAAGCUUCCAUAGAUAUCGCUAAUGAGGCCGGAGAGACGCCGCUGGAUAUCGCCCGGAGGCUCAAGCACCUACAGUGUGAAGAGCUGCUGAACCAAGCGCUGGCGGGAAAAUUCAACGCCCACGUCCAUGUCGAGUACGAGUGGCGCCUGCAGCACGAAGACUUGGAUGAGAGUGACGAGGAUCUGGAUGAGAAGCCGAGCCCUCACCGGAGAGAUGAGCGUCCGGUCAGCUGUUACACCCCCGGCAGUAACUCCCACCUCCAGUCCAGCCUGGGAUCUGCAGGCCGGGAUGCUGCCAGCCACGUUAAGGACAAGCAGCGCCCCUACAUCCCCAACCUGGUCAACAACGAGACUUAUGGCACAAUCCUCAACACGGGCUCCUCUCAACCUACCCCCACCUCUGCUCCACCUCUGCCCCCGAGGAACUUGGUCCAGUUUACCUCUAUGGGAGGGAUCAGUCAGUCCUCUGCCUCCAGCAGCUGGAAACCAGGUUCUUUAGACCUGGCUGGCCGACAGAGGUCGUCCUCAGACCCCCCCAACAUGCACCCCCCUGUCCCCCCAAUGAGGCUCGCUUCAACCGGAGGUCUGGGUCUUCCUUCUGUGGCGAAGAUGGAGGCGUUGAGUGUACAGUCCAAGUCAGGUCAGGGUCCACUGGGGUCCAGAGCAGGGCCUCCUAAAUCUCCUGCUGGCAAUGAUAAAAGCUUCAACCGAGGGUUUAUGAAUCGCACAGAAUCAACAGAAAGAGCAGCUAAGGAAGUGCCAGGAUGCCCCCAGAACUCCAUGGGUCAGUCUCUGCCCCCAGCCCCCAUGCCAAGGAAGGCCUAUCCUAAGCAAAGGCCAAAGCGAGUAAAAGCCAUCUAUAACUGUGUAGCCGACAACCCAGAUGAGCUGACUUUCUCUGAGGGCGAGGUGAUUGUGGUGGAUGGCGAGGAGGACCAGGAGUGGUGGCUGGGCCACAUCGAAGGCGACCCAAUGAGAAGAGGCGCCUUCCCUGUUACAUUUGUACACUUCAUAGCUGACUGAAAGGCUACACGGGGUCUCAGGAAGUGUCGCGGGACGAGGCGUCCCCCAUUCACCCCAUCUCUGUCUGUCAGCCAUGGAAACAUCUGUCAUCAUCCAAGUUUUUGCCAUCUUCAUCUCUGUCUUCCCCUGGCAUCUUGUCACUGCUGUGCCGUCAUUGUGGCUGCAGCUUUGUGUGGGUGUUGUUUUGGCAACCAUUGCAGCAAGUUUGCGUGUCACAGAGGACUCGCGGGACCGUGUGGUUUUGAUGCUUGCUGUUACUGUUACUGACACAGACUAUAAUAACAUAAGAAAUGAUUGUAGUGAGUGAUCUUUGGCAAUAAAUGCACUUUUCUCGUC